GCUGAUGGGUAGAGACAAGAUUUUAAUUUGAUUCCAGAUUUAAAUAAUCUCGGAGACCAGGUAUCACGGCCGGGGAAUGGCUUCCAAUAGCUGUAAAAGCAAAAUUAUUUCAAAUGUUCUUUCCUGUCUUAACUACAAGACUGGAAAAUUCAUCAUUGCAGAAAGCAAGAGAGUCGGCACUUUGUACAGAGUUAUACAAUUAUCCAUCAUUGGAUACCUUGUUGGGUAUGUAUUCCUGAGCAAGAAGUCCUACCAGGCCAAGGAGGAAUCUAUCCAGAGUGCUGUGAUUACCAAACUGAAGGGAGUGGCGGUCACCAACACCGCAGAGUCCGGACAGAUGGUGUGGGAGCCUGUGGACUAUGUCAUUCCACCCCAGGGUGAAGCAGUUUUUUUCAUUGUUACCAAUUUUAUAGAGACACCUAACCAGAAGUUGGGCAACUGUGCUGAGAGCCCUGAUGUGCCGGAUGGCCACUGUAAGGGAGAUAAAGACUGUGCAAAGGGAGAGUCAGUGAAAGCUGGCCAUGGAUUUAGGACAGGCCGCUGCUUGAGAGACAACGGGAAAUCCAGUGGUACGUGUGAGAUAUAUAGCUGGUGCCCCAUUGAGAGUUACCACCAAUCACAGGAUGGACAUAAACGCAUGUCUAUUUUAAGAGAAGCUGAGAACUUCACCAUCUUCAUAAAGAAUUUCAUCCGAUUUCCCAAAUUCAGUUUCUCAAAGGCCAAUGUUCAGGACACAGCUGACAAAUACCAUCUGAAGAAAUGUCACUAUGAUGAGCUCCUUGAACCCUACUGCCCCAUAUUUCGCCUGGGAGACAUUGUUUACCAGACUGGACACAGCUUUCAGGACAUGGUUUUGAGGGGUGGUUCAAUUGGAAUUCUGAUUAAGUGGAAGUGUGACCUUGACAGAGAUCACUCAGAAUGCAAGCCCCGGUACAACUUUACUCGCAUUGACAUUAAUGGGUCCAGAGAGUCCACAGGAUUCAACUUCAGACAUGCUCGGUAUUACAAAAAUGAGUCUGGAGAAGUCUACCGAACACAAUUCAAAGUGUAUGGCAUACGCAUCAACAUCAUGGUGCAUGGAAAGGCUGGAAAGUUCUGUAUCAUUCCCACCGUUAUCAAUAUAGGCUCAGGACUAGCUUGUAUUGGUGGUGGGACCUGGCUCUGUGACUGGAUUCUUCUAUACCUGAUGAAAAAGAGGGAGUUCUAUAAGGACUGGAAGUUUGAAAACGUCAAGAAGAAAGACAGAAACCUUUCUGACAUCACAGAACAAUAUAACGGUUCUAAAGAGGAUACAAAACAAACCCCAGAAGAACAACUGGUCACUGACGUAUCAACUGUGCUUUAACACUAUGGCAGCAGCUCACUGACCUAUCACCAGAGGUUUAAUCAUGACAGCAGCUCACUUAGCCGUACCUAAAGAAGCUGGUUGAGAGAAUGCCAAGAUUGUGCAAAGCUGUCAUCAAUGCAAAGGGUGGCUACUUUGAAGA